UUCGGCAGCUGUCUGCUGCUCGUGGCGCUGAGCUGGCGCGCGUCCACGGGGCUGCCGGUGCCGUCCGGGAGCGCAGAGAGCAGCGCGCAGUGCGCAGGGCUCUUCAGGGGACUCCUGCUGAACAUCACCGAACUUCUGAAGAGCAAGGACUUGUGCCACGGCUUGAUUUCAUCCAACGAACUGACGGUGCUAAACGGGAAUACUGUUCAGGCCUGCGCGCCCAUUCUGACUCAGAACUCUGGUUGCCUGAUGCAAACAAAAUCAUCCUUCAAUGAGAGCGAAUGUGUGCAGAGCAUCUUCAGAGACCUGGCCUUUUAUGAUUCUGCAAUUCAGCACUACCUCAAGUCCUCGUAUUACCGUCCCGAAAUAGAAGAUCCCCUCCUGAGCCCGACUCUGGGAAUCAUACAGAACCUUAGGAAGAACUGCUCUCUGAUGUCGGAUGGAGGGAACUACUCCACAGAGGAUGAUGCUUCCACCAUGUGGGAAAAAAACUCCUUCGAAAACCGCAAGAAGAUGUGUAAGAUGAUGAGAGGCUUUCAUGCCCGCACCAUCACCUUCAACAGAGCUAUGGGCUACAUCUCCUCAGGAGACCACCGGAAGUAAAAGCCCCAAAACCUCAUCCACCAUCACCAUUACUACAAUAUCAUUUCCAAUGUCUUUUCCCCUUAAAGUCAUCACAACUUACCAAGUCCUAACAACCAUUCGCUGUCGUCAGAACGAGCAGCUGUGUGCAAAUCUGUUGGCUGCUCAGAUAUAAGCUAACUUUAUUGACUCCAGAGUCAAUAAAACUGUCACAGAUUAGGAAGGAAGCCACGUUGGCUCAGUUUAUGAAUGUAUUCCAAUAUUUGG